GCACACAAAAGCAGCUUCCUCCACUAUCUGAGGGAAGACAGAGCCUCAGCCAUCAGAAAGGAAAAAGCCAGAGCCGCGGCAGGCCUGGGCUGCGAUGGCGGGGGAAACAGAGACUAAAGGGGGACAGGGGCGCUGCUACUAAACCACGGCGCCGCCUUCUACAGCUGGGCGGGACAGGUGUGCUGUGGCCACGUCGCCCUGGGUGACCUUCCUCGGAUGUGGACUUGGCCCUGAGCAUCCUUCCGCCAGGCCCCUCGCCUGGGUACCACCGAGAAAUGCCCGCCUUUGUGUCCAAGUGACAGCGCAGAGGCAGCCUCCGCCACCGAGAUCAUCUUCUGGGUCACCCAAGUUUCCAGACCGCUUCUCUUUCCAGCUCUCAUGGGGACCACAGAAGCUACACUAAGGAUGGAAAAUGUGGACGUGAGGGAUGAAUGGCAGGAUGAGGAUCUGCCCAGACCGCUCCCAGAAGACACCGGGGUGGAGCGGCUGGGUGGUGCAGUGGAAGACUCCUCCUCGCCUCCCUCCACCCUGAACUUGAGCGGAGCACAUCGAAAGAGAAAGACGCUGGUGGCCCCAGAGAUCAACAUCUCCCUGGACCAAAGCGAGGGCUCUCUGCUGUCCGACGACUUCCUCGACACCCCUGAUGACCUGGACAUCAAUGUGGACGACAUUGAGACGCCAGACGAAACUGACUCUUUGGAGUUCUUGGGAAAUGGCAAUGAACUUGAGUGGGAAGAUGACACCCCAGUGGCCACCACCAAAAACAUGCCUGGUGACAGUGCAGACCUGUUUGGGGACGGCUCUGCGGAAGACGGCAGUGCGGCCAAUGGUCGUCUGUGGCGGACUGUCAUCAUCGGGGAGCAAGAGCAUCGCAUCGACCUGCAUAUGAUCAGGCCCUACAUGAAGGUGGUCACCCACGGAGGAUACUAUGGGGAAGGUCUCAACGCCAUCAUCGUGUUUGCAGCCUGCUUCCUGCCAGAUAGCAGCUCCCCAGAUUAUCACUACAUCAUGGAGAAUCUCUUCCUGUACGUCAUCAGCAGCCUAGAACUGCUUGUGGCUGAGGACUACAUGAUCGUGUAUCUGAAUGGCGCCACACCCCGGAGGAGGAUGCCCGGCAUUGGCUGGCUGAAGAAGUGUUACCAUAUGAUUGACAGGAGACUGAGGAAGAAUCUAAAGUCCCUGAUCAUCGUCCACCCCUCCUGGUUCAUCCGCACUGUGUUGGCCAUCUCCCGGCCCUUCAUCAGUGUCAAGUUCAUCAGUAAAAUCCAGUACGUGCACAGCCUGGAGGAGCUGGAGCGACUCAUUCCCAUGGAACAUGUGCAGCUGCCAGACUGUGUCCUGCAAUAUGAAGAGCAGAGACUCCGAGCCAAGAGGGAGAGCACACGGCCACCACAGCCGGAGUUCCUCCUUCCCAGGUCAGAAGAAAAGCCAGAGACUAUAGAAGAAGAGGACAGGGCAGCGGAGGCAGCAGAGGACCAGGAAACUAGCAUGUCCUGAUUUACCCAGAACCUAGACAUGGACAGAGAUUAUUCCCGACAUCAUGUAACCCUCAUCCGAAGUCCUGGGAGCCCCGCCUUCAUCGAGCCUCCACCGCCCGAGGACGCCUGGCUCCACCAUGUCCCCUGUACCCGGGUCCUCUCACUGCUUGAGUACAUUUCACUGUUUUAUUUUGAAGAAGGCAGUAUGAGCACAUCUCGGAAUGGAGCAGUUCUUGACCCUUUCACAGUCUGGGCUUGUGGAUGACAAAGGUGGACGUGGGCAAUGCCACCCAUGGUUACUCUUCCAGGCCUUGGCAUCCCCAAGAUGCCCUUCUCUGUCCCAGCUAGGAUAACACAGAUGUACAUUUUGGGCUGACCCAAUGAAAGACCCUUUGCUCGGUUGCCACCUGCCCCUAGCUGGAGCCUCAGAUGCCUGGUGGCCCUGGCUGCAGCUGCAUCUGCUUCUCUGUGGAAUGUGACCCACUGUCCCCGCUCCCUGUCACCCCAGGCAGGGUUGUGACUGCUGACCUCACAUCUCCACCUGACAUGCCCUAUUUUGCCAUUUGACUGUCUUUGAGGGCCUUCAAGCCUAUUGCACACGUACUGAUCAGCCUGGUGGUCGACAACCCCUCCCCAACAUUUUUGAGCUCCUUUAAAGUAGAUGUGACUCCAGAUGUUAACUGACACCUCAUUCCGAGGGAAGAAGUUGUAUCCACUUUCCUGUCCCCUGCCUAGGCCAGACUCAGACUCUGUGUCAUCAAGCAGGAGACAUUUGAUAUCUGAGAGGAAAGGUGAAGAUUCAGGGCUGUGGGUGCCAGAAGAUCUGGGGGACCCCCAGGACAGUAUAUUCCAGUGGGUGGGAUGCUGUGGCCACCUGAUCUCCAAGCUAGGCUCAAAGCACACGUCUGCCUGAGAUGACUAGAUAGUCUAAGCUAAUGAGUGUGCUGAGCCUCCUGUCCCUGGGGACACAUAAGGCCAGAUGACAUUUGCAGGGAGGAGUCUCCCUGUGGUUCCUUAAAGACUUGAGUAUCUCUGUGUUAAGAAAUCUUAGCACUGCACAAUGGUGGCAUAUGCCUUUAAUUUCAGCACUCAAGAGGCAGGGGGAUUUCUGUGAGUUCCAAGAUAGCAAGGGCUACAUAGUGAGACCCUGUCUAGGAAAAAAGAGAAGGAGAGAGAAAGAGACAGAGACAGAGAGACACCUCUGUCCUCUGUGCCUCUCCUCCAAAGGUAGUUUCUAUCCACCCCACUGUGAGGUGUCCCCUCUGACAUGUUUCUUGCUUCUCGGCCUCUGAUGGCCACAGGACAGCAGCUUCCAGAGUAUCCUGCCAACAACACCCAUGGAUCUGAGCUCUGCAGGAAACACACCACACUUGGAGGGGACCUGAGAGUAGAGCAGCGCAGUGCUUUUUGUUUUGUUUUGAGAUAAGAUCUUGCUAGGAGGACGAACCUGGCCUCAAACUCCUGACCCUCCUGCCUCAGCCUCCUGAGAGCUGAGAUGGCAGGUGUGUGACCCCCAGGCUGGGCUGGUGGCUUGUAAGUUGUCUUUAUCCAGCAUCAGAAGAUGAGAACCAAGAUGGUGCCUGGGGCCAGGUCCACAGACAGCACAGCCCCUUUUUGGCUUUUUGGAAACAGAUUCCUGGAGGCUUUUCCUGACUAGGCGGCUGCUGGUGACAGCCAAGGCCUAUGGGGUGAGAGGGUCUCUGUGUCUGGAAUGGAUGGAUGAACACAACCCUGCUGUCCCCAAAGGUCUAAGGUCCUGCCCCCAAGCCCAGGAACUCCAGUGGGGGGCCACCUGCUCCAUCCACCUCCUUGCUGCCGUGGCGUGCCCACCGCCCCUUUGGAAUCACCAGCACCCACUGAUACAGGCAAGCAGAACCCACCAGGGCCACUGAAGACCCCCCAAAACAGGAGACCCUGAAGGGCUUAAUAUCCUAGCCCACACCUGGGACCACCACCCCAGGUACCGGGAGACAGGCAAGACACGGAGGUCCAGCAGCCUCAUGGGGAAGGGCUGUUCCAUUUCUUUACUGAGACAUCCAGGAUCCAUUUGGCAAGUGGCCCAGAGCAACAGUGCCCACCGCCCACCAGCAAAUUGUGCAGUUAUAAACACAGAGACGGUGGGGACGGUCCCUGUAGUGACAUAAGGUCUGGGGAGCCUGGGGUGGGGAUUUUUAUGUGAAAUAAAUAAAUUAUAAUGCAAAGGGAAGAGUGAGCAUCUCUG